GCAAGCGCUCAGUUUUUGCGUUUGUGCUGCGUACGGCCCACUUGACGCGGUGUUGACAUACACAACGCUGCUGCGAGCGCAAGUCGGUCAUCAAGCCGCGAGAGAGGCGAAAUCUUGGCGUGAAACGGCGCAGCGGGUGAUAUUUUAACGCUAUUCUCAAAGUAACUGUUAGACGAUGCCGCGGAGCGCCAGACACACGAUGGGCGGCCGGGAAGUCCUCGACGCGAAGACGAUGCUGGACCUGCUCGAGGGCUCGGCCUCCGACGGCGGGCCCACGGUCACCAUCGACGUGGACGUGUUCAAGGACAACUUCGGCGCGCCGCCGCCGCGGCGGAGCAGCGUCUCGGGGGGCCGGCGGUCGAGCUCGAGCGGCGCCUCGCGCCGCCGCGAGACGGCGGACCCGGCGCAGCUCAAGGAGCUGCUCCAGGCGUGCCUACUCGAGGGCAACGACGCGGCGGCGGCCGCGAGCCCGACGAGCCAGCCGCCGCGGCCCGCGCCGCGCCGGAGCCCGCGCUUCGCCAAGCCGCGGAGGCGGAUGACGUGCGACCCGCGCCUGCUGAACCGCCUCGUCAUGGAGCACUCGGGCGAGAUCCCGACGAUCCCCGAGGAGACGAGCGCCACGGAGUCGCUCACGUCGAACCCGUACCGCGGCCGCGUCCGUCGUAGGUGCCUUCCGACCGAUUGGCGCAACGGUAGCGCGUCAGAUUCCAGUCCUGAAGGUUACGCGUUCGAAUCGCGUAUCGGUCACUGCCAGCUCGUCGAUGCGCGCUGCCGACGGUCCACCCACAGGCUCACGAGCAAUCUGACGAGCAACCCGGCGACGAGCAACCUCACGAGCGGCGUCAGCAACCUCACGUCGGGCACGGGGCUCGAGUCCUUCGAGGAGAGCCGCGCGGCGGCGGCGCACGAAGAUCCACAAGAGAACGAGGACGACGACGACGACGAGGACGACGUGAGCUACGCGCGGCCCGUCGCGGCGCGUUCGUCAAUUGCGUGGACCUUCGACGAGACGCGCGCGACGAUGCAGGAGCUGCGGCGCCAGCUGCAGAUCGAGAAGGAGGUGUCGCGCGACGCCGAGCGCGAGCGCGACGAGCUCGCGCGCGAGUUGAGUGGAAUGCGCGCGGAGCAGGCCGCUAGAAGCGAGGUGCAGCAGGCGCUCGAGGCGCAGCGCGACGCGGCGGCGGCGCGCGCGUCGUCGGCCGAGGGCCGCGCGACGCGCGCGGACGCGGCGCUCGGCCGGCAGUCCCAGGAGUUCGCGGCCAUCGACGCGGACCUCGCGGCGCGGGAACGGGAGAUUGAACAAAGCGCCGAGCGCGUGAAACUCGAGGCCGACGCGCGCGUCGCCGCGGCCGAGCGCGACAAGGCCGAGGCCGAGGCCGAGCUCCUCGCGUUGAGGGACGAGGCGGCGGCUUUACGGGCGCGCGUGGCGCAGCUCGAGAAGGUCAAGAUCACGUCGGGCCUCGCGGCGAAGAUCCAGAAGGUCGUUCAGGAGCGCGACGAGUUAUUGGCGGCGGCGCGCAAGGGCGGCCGGUUCAACGACGAGAACGCGGCGCCGUUCGGCGCCGAGGACCUCUCCCAGGCCGGCGGCGAGUGCCGCCAGUCCUAG